CACUCGCGCGCAAACAUGGGGAUGCACACAGACACUAUAUUUUAUGUAAACGUAAUGACAUAUGCCAGAAAGAGUAGAGUAUUGUAUCUAUAUCCUAUAAUUUUUUUUUCAGAACAUAAAAUUGUAAUGGUUGGCCUCGACAAUGCUGGCAAAACGACCAUCUUGUACCAGCUCCUGAUGAACGAAGUCGUCCAUACUUCGCCCACCAUUGGCAGUAAUGUGGAAGAGGUCGUCUGGAAGAACCUGCACUUCAUCAUGUGGGAUCUAGGAGGACAGGAAUCUCUACGGUCGGCGUGGAACACAUAUUACACUAAUACAGAGUUUGUCAUCUUGGUGAUAGACUCAACAGACCGAGAACGCCUAAGCAUCACGCGAGAAGAGCUGUACAAGAUGUUGGCUCAUGAGGAAUUAUCACGAGCGGCAGUACUUAUAUAUGCCAACAAGCAAGAUGUGAAAGGUUCGAUGAGCGCAGCAGAGAUUUCACGGUUAUUAAACCUGACUUCUAUAAAGAAACAUAAGUGGCAGAUCCAAGGAUGUUGUGCAUUAACAGGAGAAGGCCUUUAUCAGGGACUAGAGUGGAUUGGAAGCACUUUAAAAAGCAAGUGACGAAACCAUAAGCCAAUAGUUACUAUCUCAAAACUGUGAUCGUCCUGAAGGGUGUAAGUGUAUGCGUGUGUGUAUUUGCAGGUUGCAAGGACAAAGGAGUCCUUCCUGUGAACUACAUGUUAGUGUUGUAACUAUGUAAAAUAAACAUCUUUUAAGAAAUUACAUGGCCAGAUGUAACUGGAGCAAGAUUAUCAGUUCAUUAUUAUUUUCUAUUUUCUUUUGAAACUUGGAAAACCUUUCUGCCAAGGCAGAUGUGUAUAUAUACAUAUGAUGCUGUAUAAGGUGGAAAUGUGUUGGACAGUGCUUAUACUUUGAUGGUCAUGAUGAUAUAUUACUAAGUGCAGUUCCAUGGACACAAGGCAGAAAGAAGAAAUUCCUCCGCAAGCAGAACCGCAAGUGCAAGGCUUGGAAUAAUAGGGUGGUGGAGGAAGACUAAGAUUGUCUAAGGUGUGUUUAUAUCAUCUGUCGCAAGAGAGAGAAAAUAGAACGAUUUGGUGUUAUUUGUCAAGAAGGAAAUCAUUGUGGUAUGAAGAAAUCAUUUCAUUUUCUAUACAGUGUGCCAUUUCAAGAUUCAAAUUUUCACAGUAACUCAUAUUAUAUCAGUGACAGUUACAAGUAUUCUCUAGUGAUAUCUAUCAACUGGAAGUUUUACUUUGUUGAUGAGGUGUAUGAUUGUUGCCAUUUUUUCUACCAAUUUUUAAUGGAAAUAUCAAGUAAUGUGCAACUUGAGUGUGAAAUGAUGACUUUGUAAUAUACAUAUUUUGAGUGUGUGAAUGUAGACUUCUCAGAGUGAAAGUUUCAUUUUAUAUUAUUUAUUAUUGUUUUCAUUUGGUUAUCUCCCCCUUCCCUCCAGAAAAAAAGAAAAAAAAAAUCUCUCAUUUUAUUUUUAUAUAGAGAUGGAAAACUUGUAUUAGCUUUAUUUGACAUAAUUAUAAUUGAUAAAGCAUUGAACUAGUUUUACAUUAUCCAACAGCCUCUUCCUUUAUUAUUUUGAGGAGUUUUAGGGUCAUGCCUUUUCCCGGCAACUUUUUAUUUUCAGUCAAUACUUGAUUGCACUUUUUUAACAUGGAUGUUUUUUCCUUCUUUGGACAAGAAUGCUUGAGAUAUAGUUUCUCCCAAGACGUAAUGUGUACAAAAAGGAUGUACAUAAUUCCUAGUUUUCUUUCUGUUGACUGAUGGAUGGUAAGCAGGAAAAAAGACAUUAGACAGUAUGAUUCGUGUUUGUCCAAAGAAAAACUUUUUUCUCAAGAAAACAAGUAAACAAAACAAAA